AUGAGGCUAUGGAGAAAGGUUUCCGGAUUGGUAAAAGAUCAAAAUAGCAUAUUCAUUGCUAGUUUAUCAAGAAGAACACCUCUCCGGAAUCCAGACAUCGAGGCUGCUGUUAUUAAAGCCACAAGCCACGAUGAAUUCUCCAUGAAUAUGAAGAACGUCGAUCGUGUUUUUCGUUGGUUACGUUUAUCAUCUUGUAAUCUCAAACCUUUAAUUUGGGCUAUCUCGAUUCGAAUAGAGAAAACUCGAAGUUGGGUUGUUGCCAUUAAAGUUUUAAUCUUAAUGCAUGGUCUUUAUAGCACUAGGCUUCCUUGUGUUCAAAGAAUUGGUAGGUUACCUUUUGAUCUUUCAAAUUUCGAAGAUGGUCAUUCAAGAAAACACGAAAUGCAUGGGAUUAACGCGUUUAUUCGCGCUUAUUUUGCAUUUCUUGAUCAGAAAUCGUCUCUCCUUUGCAUGGAAUUGCAUGAAAAGAGGAGCAAUAACAACAUGAUGAUUAUGAUGCAUAAUCUCGACGUUGAAGAAAAAGAAAGUUAUUCUAUCGUUCAAGAUCUUGUUGUGGUACAAAAAUUGCAAUCUUUGCUUGAUGUGUUACUUGAAAUUAAGCCGUUAUCGGAUUCAGCUACUGUCCCUCUUGUUCUUGAAGCUAUGGAUUGUGUUAUGACAGAAAUUUUCGACGUGUAUAGCAGGAUUCGCAAUGGGAUUUCUCGAGUUUUAUCAAGGAUAAAUUUAUUUGGGAAAGUUGAAGCUACUAUGGCUCUAAAGAUCAUUAAAAAGGCAACUAUUCAAGCAGAAGAAUUGUCUCUAUAUUUCGAGUUUAAUCGCGAUAUAGGGGUGAGAAAUGCUGAAGUUUGUCCAAUUGUAGAGCAAAUUUCAAAUGAAGAUAUCAAAGAACUUGAAGAAAUUAUCAAUGGGGUUUCAGAUAAAGAACAAAAGAGUGAUGAAAUGGAUAGAGCAAUUGUGGUGCAUGAGAAUUUUGGAGAAAAAAAUGACUCAAAAAGCAAUUUAAGGACAAUAAUUACUGAUCGUUGGGAGACAUUUGAUGAAGAAAAUGGUGGCUGUUCUGCUAUAGUAAAAUAUAUACCAAGAACAAAUCCUUUUGAAGCCUCUUUGGUACCUACUAAUUCUAUUAAUAACGUACCUGUUAAACCUCAAGAAUUACCAGAUUUAAUUAGCUUCUAA